UGUGUGUGUGUGUGUGUGUGUGUGUGUAUAGCACAUGUAUGUCUUGAUAUACCACAGUCUACCACAGGUAAUGUCGAAGGCAACAAUGAUAUUCCCUACCUCAGGAUCCCGGCAUUGUGGCCCACAUACCAAAAAGCAUAGAAAGCGGAAUCAAUAAUUUUAGUUAAAAUAUAGGAUAAUUUUCAUAUUAAAAAAACACUGAUGAUCAGUUAAGCCUAAAUAAACAAAAAAGGUCAGUGUGAGAGAGUGCGUGAGAGCGACAAGAAGCGCGUGAAUGUGAAAGUUCUUGCGUGUGUUCGUACAUGUGUUAACGUUCCAUAUAUAGUGUGUGAGCUCUGCCAUAAAUACCCACCAUGGAAUCUAUAUGCAGUCUUCCAAUAUCAACUGGAUGGCGGCUCCAAUUGCGGUACGUGGUGGCAUUCCUGGGAUUUUUGGGUGCCAUGGUGGACUAUAUCGUCCGGUACAGCAUCAGUGUAGCUAUCGUGGCCAUGGUCAAAGUCACGCACCCCGUGAACAACGCCUCCCACGCGAGCAACGCUUGCCAGGCCGCCCUCAACGUCACGGAUGAAACCGGUGACGCAGAGUAUAAGGGAAGCGGCGAGUACAACUGGACGAUCCAGCAGCAAGGCAUCAUCCUGGGGACUUUCUUCUGGGGUUACUUCAUCACGAAAAGCUCAGGAGGUCGCAUAAGUGAGCUUCUCGGCGCCCGAGAAACAAUGGCCGUCAGUCUGGGCGCGUCGGGCUUGCUGUCCCUGCUAUGUCCUGCGGCGGCCCAUGUGCAUCCCCUGGCGCUGGCAGGGGUAAGACUGGUGAUGGGCCUCGUGCAGGGCCCUGCCAACCCUGCUCUCUACAGCGUCCUCUCCAGGUGGUCGCCACCGGACGAGAUGGCCACCCUGGUCACAUUAGCCUACUCAGGUAUAGCCGGCGGCAGUUUGGUGGCGCUGGGAGCUUCGGGGUGGGUGGUGAAUCUUCUUGGCUGGCGAUGGAUUUUCUGGGGCGGCGGCAUCCUGGCGCUGGCCUGGACGCCCUUGUGGCUCUUCUUCGUCAGAAACUCCCCCGAGCAGCACCCUCUUAUCUCUCGGGCGGAGCUGGAACUCCUUGCAGGCACCCUCCACAUUAAGCCAAGGCGAAGCGUACCCUGGCGGCGUCUCCUUCGUUGCUGGCGGUUCUACCCGAGCGUCGUUGCUGAAAUGGCCAGCUCCUGGGUGUCGAACCUUACUACUACCGAAGGGGCCAUAUUCCUCAAGACGCAGAUCGGGUUGGACCUUCGUCAGGUGGGCUGGGUUCUCUCGGCGGGUCAAGGGAGCUCGUGCGCCGCGACCUUCGCCUUCGGGAGGGUGUCUGACGUCCUUGUAAGACGCCGAGUCCUCACCAAACUCAACACCAGGAGGCUCAUGCACAGUCUGGGUGCGCUGUUGAUCGUGGGCGGACUCCUGUGCAUCGUGUGGGCGGGGUGCCAAGCGGAGAUUGUCGCAGUCAUGAUGGUGCUCGUCAUGGUGGGCAGCGCGUCCACCCUUUGCACCUUCCAGCUGGCACCUAUGGAUCUCGCGCCCAACUAUGCGGGAACAUUGUCCGGUCUCCUUGGUUUGGGUAACCUUAGCGGUUUCGUGGCUCCUCUUGUCACUGCUCAGCUGGUUACAAAGACUGGAAGCUGGCUAUCUUCCUUUCUCCUUGGCGGAGGCAUCUACCUUGUCGCCAGCGUCCUAUAUGUUGCUACGGUCACCACCCAAGUCCAAGAAUGGAAUUAUUACGAAGAAAUACUGUCAUAGAAUUAUAUUUUUUUAAGCAGAAAAAAGGCUAGAGGAAGACGAUAAAUAAAAUAAAAUGAUUGUAGGAGACUUUUUUUUUUUUUUUUUUUUUUUUACAGAAAACGUGACUUUUCUAGGGGAAGAAAAUGGGAUACUUACAUGACGUAAUUGUUGUCAGUCCAAAUAAAUUUAAAGGUACAUUAAGACUGGAGACCGUUCAAGUUGCUAUGCCACAAUAAAUAUAUAGUUUACCAUA